UGCUCCGAAAUCCUCGAAGAAGGCGAACUAUGCGUCAUUGCCAGUAGAGCCGAUAGUGUCUUCCAUCCAGCUUGCUUCCAGUGUACAGAAUGUUCCACUCUACUGGUCGAUUUGAUCUAUUUCUCCCACAAUAACAAGGUGUACUGUGGCCGUCAUCAUGCCGAACAAUUCAAGCCGCGAUGCGCUAAAUGCGAUGAGGUAAGCAUUUACUUCUGUUUAUUCGUGAAACAAUGGCAAGUGUGUCGAUCUCUUUGUGUCCGAUUGGGCCACCCUUUCAUCUCGCGGGUUUCGCUCUUUUCCCGAGACAUCUGGCCUCGAAGCGGCUUAUUUUGCCGCAUUAAUGCGUAUCGCAACACGUGCGCAUACUGUUUAUAG